AAAAUAAAUAUAUUCUAAAAAUAUAUGAUGAACAUCCAACAGUAUCAAAAUUACUUCCCAUAUGUAAAUGAAGCAUAAGUAUAAUUCUAAGGGGAUAUAGAAUAAGCAAGUAUAAUUAUAAUUUUAUGAAUUCAGAAUAGAGCUAAGGUUCAAAUUAUAAUGAGUUUAAUAUAAUUCAAUAGAAUUUUUAUGCAGCAACAUUUCCUCCUUAUUAAUUUGAGUUUGUAUAAGAUCAUGAGAUACCAAGUCAAAUAAAAAAUAAAAAAAAUAAAAAACAUAAGUAAUUGAUUUUAAUGUAAUUGUAAAAGGAAUAACGAUUAAAAGGGGUUGCUACCAAAGACUUUAGAAUCAGACAAGUAGUUUGUAGAAGAUCAAUAACAAUUAGUAAUUUAGCCAGAUUAGAUGUACAAUAUUAGAUUCAUAAUUUUAGUAUGAAACAACCAUAUCCAGUAUUCCAUUACACUUAAGGAAAUCCUAUGCCUAAACUUCAAUCAGACAUUGUUUCUAAUCCACAUUAGGAUGGUUAAGGUUCUUAAGAGGGUUCUUAAUAGACUUAAAAAUAGAAAGGACAACAUUGUCAAAUAAAAAAACCUAAGAAAGAAAACAUAAAUACUGGACAUUGGUCAACUGAUGAACAUUCAACAUAUAUAUCCUUUUUAUAGUAAUAUGAGGAUAUAAUGACAUCUUCUAUGAUGAAGAAAACAUCAAAAAUAUUCAAAUAAAUGAGUGAAUUAAUUGGAACAAGAACACCAAGUUAAUGUAGAAGUCAUCAUUAGAAAUUUAAUCCUUAUGCUUUAAGAGGAGAAAAUGGAAAACGUUUACCAAGAGCUGAAAGAAGUAGAGCAGGAAGAAAAAAGAAGAAUCCUUAAACUGAUUUACCAAAAGCAUGUAAUAAUUAUAUUGUAUUAUUAAAGAAGAAGCAAAUAUGAUGCCAAAUUAUGAGACACAUGAUCCUUAUUAUUAUAUGAUGUUGGAAUAACAUAAAUAUUAUUAUUCUAAUCUUUCAUAAGAAUUAUGGAAUUAAUAACAUGAAAUUGAAUAACAUCCAAGUAUAAAAAAGGAAGAAGAAAAUGACUUCAUUAAUAAUCCUCAUUUUUAAUAACUUCAAUAAGAAUAUGAAGAAUGUUUAAAAUAUAAUUUACCUUUUAUUUAAAGAAAUGGAAUCUAAUCAGAUUACAAUUUUGAUGCUAGAAACCAAGCCCUAAACGAUUUAUUAAUAUGA